AUAAUCUCUUGAACGCCAUCCUCUCACCCAGUUAGACAGAUAAAUGUUUUACCCACGCAAAUAUAAUGUAGGUUCUUGAUAUUGUCGCCCUUCAUAGGCCACCUACUAGAUCAUACAUCGGUACUGGUGCACCUCCUAAUCUUCUCACCGGUGCAGGUUCUAGAUCGCAUUGUCGACUCUCGGUUCGUCUCCCGGUAGAGUGCAGCCGUAUUAUCCAGCCAAUCUAGGCCAGUCACCGCGAAGUGUUCACCCACAUUGCUUCCCAAAGUAUCUGGGCUAUGGCCGGGGUAUGAGAUAAAUAAGUUGCCGUCGCCCAUAAUACAAACACCAAAGAGCUCUCCUGGCCAUCUUCAAAGACACAACUUUAUGUUCUUGUCUCUGCCAAGAUGAAGGUCUCGAUGAAGUCAAUUGCUGCUGCAGCAUUCAUGCUGUACUCUCGUGUUGCAACCGCGGCAGCCCCGAAUGUGACCGCUGUCUCUAUUGGCACGGUAUGCACCUCGUUCCCAGGGUAUCCAGGGUUUGGUGGUAGUGGUGCUGGACCGUUCAUCGGUAUCGCAGCGUCGACCGGACAGGCGAUAGACGGUAUUGGACUAAAUGUUGCCUAUUAUAUGGAUGAAACCCGUCGUUACGGAUAUGUCGCCGCGUGGACCUCAUUCCCCAUGUCCAACAUUCCGUUGCGUUGCUUCAACCAGACGUUGGAAGCUCAGCUAAAGAUAGGGCCUGAUAGUGAGGAGAUAUGGCAACCGCUGGUUAUCUCUGGUGACCCAGCCCUCAAGGGCGCACUUGGGUUCGGCUUUCCAGAAGACAAGUACCCAAAUAUACCAGUCGAGGCGUAUUGGCAUUUCGUCAAUGGGGAACAAGUUCCAGGCGUCUUCUUAGGCGCGAAAGACUCUACCACAUUUGGCUUUGUCUACAAUCAGGCUGGCCUUCUUGGCAGUGCUGGGGAAUAUUAUGUUUUGAGACUCCUCGGCACAGAAGGCUUCACCAAGUGGGAGCUUACGGUAAGGGAUACCGUCGGUUUCUUGCAGGUUACUUAUGAUUGA